GAGUAAGCACCGGAAUCAAAGCUAGUAACUUACUGAAAAUAGAGCACGCGUUUACCGAAAUUUUGUGUUCACCAUGGCUUGGUCGCCGUUGAUGAUUAGAUACCUGGCAUUCCUGUUCAAUUUUCUUUGUGCGGUCCUGGGAAUUGCAACAGUUGUGAUCAAUGUAAUCGCAAUUCAGGAAAUAGAUCCAAAGGAGCAACUGAUUCUGGCCAUAUAUAUUGCAGUCGGUUCGAUCGUAUUCUUGUUGUCCUUCUUCGGCUGUUUUGGAGCUGUUAAGGAGAGCAUAUGUAUAACCUGGGCGUACGCAACCUCGAUGCUGGUUAUGAUGAUCAUCUCGAUAGUCCUUUUGUUUGUUUUUCGCAUGCACUUCGACGAGGCCUCCCUCACAAAAUUACAGAAGACCUUUGCAAAGCAGACGAAUACCUUUGAUGCCAUGGCUGAAUACCAAACACAGUUGCAAUGCUGUGGCAUUUACAAACUAAAGGAUUACGGUGACGCCGCUAUAACCGUUCCUAGCAGCUGUUUUGACAAAAAUGAUACCCCCUAUAAAGAGGGCUGUCUGUUGAAAUUGGAGUCCCAUCACGAACAGGUUCUGAAAGGACCCAAAAUGGUUGGCUGGAUGCUGAUGGUCAUAGAGAUCGGUGCCUUUACUUUUACCACCAUUUUGGGAGUGUAUUUCAGGAAUGAAAGGCGCCGCUGUGCAUAUUAAAGAAUCUUAAGAGCAUAUAAAUAGUUAAAUAUUUGUAUAUACUUGUUAUUCGAGUGUUGUGAUCCAAUCUCUUGAUACUUAAAAAAUGAAAUUACUGUUGAGAUAGGCUUAGGUAAUAAAUC